GUGACCCUAAGAUCUGUGGCUUAUCCGCGAUUGAAAUAGCUUCUGUUGAUCCAGAAAUGGGAAAAGCCGUGACGGACUGGAGACUAUUGUCAAAAGAACAAAUUGAUUUAGCAGUUCAGAAAGCCGUCAAAACCAAUUUGGAAAAAGGAUUUAGUUUUCUUUUCCUAAGAUGUGGAGGCAUUUUCCAAGUGCUCAGCUUUCCUCCGGUCUUGAAGAAAGUCGACGGCGGUAAAAAAAGAACGAAAAUCAAUUUAAAUGUGAUUCUGUUGGACUCUAUCUCCAGGCCGCAUUUUUACCGAAUUCUUCCAAGGGCUGUAGAGGCUCUGCAGAAUAUUUCGCAUGAUCCUAAGAUUAAGGCUACCACCUUAGACUUUGAACUUGUUCAGAGCACAGGACAACAGACAUUUGAAAACCUAAGGCCGAUCUUCUGUGGCGUCGUUGUAGACGACAACAAAGUUACAGCCUCUGCAAAAAACACUAAAGCUUCCCUAGGUGUAGAGGUGUUGUAUGGGACCUUCAAGAAAUGGGGCUACCAGACGUUCUUCCAAGAGGAUCUUUGUUGGUACGAUGAGUGGGGAAGCGUGUUAACAGACAUUGAAAAAAGAGCAGUGCCUCAGUGGAAUUUUGAGUUCAGAGAGAGGAGUUUUGUAACGUUUAUACGUUCCAGUGGUUUACCGAAGAUUUCUAAUCCCAACUCCAGAUUUCCGAGAGAAUUAUACGUUUUUCUCCUCUUUUCAGGUGCCAACUCAACUGGCUAUGGAAAUUGCGAACGCUUAGUUGGCAAAUCGUUUUCAAAAGGGAUCAAACGAAACCGAGGAGAAUUUAUCGUAACGAGUAUGGACAUUCACGUGUUCCCUCCUACUGGAUACAAUGAGGAUGAAGUGUUUAGAGUCUCGGUCAAACAGUUCGCUCAACCGAAAGACGGAGUGUUUUUUCUAAAUUCCAUUAGAGUAUCGACCUACAGCAAGUUUGCACAUUGUGCAGACAAGUCAGUCGAUAUCAAGCUCUGCGCAUGCGCUAAAACCCAAACCUCUGACGUCGCUAAGAAAGGAUUGUUGUUUGAGAACGGUGUUCCAAGCAGAAUGUUUGAUUCGAAGACAGCUGUAAAGAACCUGGACUCCAACUGUUUGUUGUUUUUGAGACGAGAUCACGGAUCGCUUUCUUUUGCAUUGGAAGUAGCUAAUGUUUGCUCAAAUGCAACAUAUGAAUUUACUAUGACAGGCUCAACGGAUCAAAGGGUUUUCACCAAUACUUUGCCCAUUUCCCUUGAGUUACCUCCCAAAACCUGUCAUUUUCUAACAUCUGUGUCCAAGUAUAUUGUGAAGGUAGACACCGACCUUAAUCUUAAAGCGAGCAUACAAGUUAAAAACGGGGAAUCGGGUACCUUUCGCAGUUUAGGAACUAUUGCGGUUUCGUAAUAGUUCACAUGCUGUUAUUCGGAACAUUUGAGUUCUUUUCCCUAAAGUUUGUCAUAGAUCAUACAGGUUGAGUUUAAAUGCCGCUAAAAAUUAGAUUAACAAAAAAUUUUGUGUUU